AUGAUUACUGGAAUCUCUCAUAUCAACCUCCUCGUUCCUCCAGGGACUUUAAAUGAUGCAUAUACAUUCUACGUGGAUACAUUAGGGCUGACUGCUGCUCCUGUCCCCCAGUUACAGAAGGAGACAACAGCCUGGUUUAAUAUCACACCCGAUGGAAAGCAGCAAAUCCACAUUGCAUUCGGACAGAACGAACCGGAUUCGCCCCGCCAUCCCUGCCUUCGUGUAGGCUCGUUGGACGACCUGCAAAAGCUGCAGCAGCGAAUAUACGACCACCAUCUUCGAGGCGGCUCGGCAGCUCCUCUACAGGCCGAUCCACCGGGUGAUUGUUCAGGUGAGGAUCAACCUGUGCGGGUGGGUGAAGCUAUUACUGAUCAUAAGAAUGUAGGGGAAAAGGGGGUGGAAUACCCGACACGCUUCUUCGCCAGAGAUUACGCAGGAAACCGCCUUGAGUUUAGCUUAUAG